AACGAGAAGCUGCCGAUGAAAUCCGAGGCCGUGGAUUCAUUCAAGACAAGAGUCCAAGUCUCGGGCGAAGCCAGCUGUCGCUUCCUCUGCAGAAUUGGUCUGAUGGAGCACAGGCAGUCAGCGCGGCUCGGUACGGCAAGGCAACAAUGGGACCAGCGUGCAUACAGCACGGAUCGGACUGGAAGUUUGACACAGCACCAGAAAAAACACACGGGAGAGAAACCCUUCAAGUGCACUCUGUGUGAGAUGGCGUUUGCAGAUUCAUCAACUCUUCAAAGACACCAGAGAAAACACACGGGAGAGAAGCCCUUCAAGUGUACUCUGUGUGAGAUGGCGUUUGCACAUUUAUCAACUUUUCAAAGACACCAGAGAACACACACGGGAGAGAAACCCUUCAAGUGCAGAGUGUGUGGGAAGGCAUUUUCACAUUCACCUAAUCUUGCAACACACCAGAGAACACACACAGGAGAGAAACCCUUCAAGUGCACUCUGUGUGGAAUGGCGUUUGCAGAUCCAUCAAGUUUUCAUAGACACCAGAGAAAACACACGGGAGAGAUGCCCUUCAAGUGCACUAUGUGCGAGAUGGCGUUUGUAUAUUUAUCAACUUUUCAAAGACACCAGAGAAAACACACGGGAGAGAAACCCUUCAAGUGCACUAUGUGCGAGAUGGCGUUUUCAGAUUCAUCAACUCUUAAAAGACACCAGAGAACACACACGGGAGAGAAACCCUUCAAGUGCAGUGUGUGUGGGAAGGCAUAUUCACAGUCAUCUGAUCUUGCAACACACCAGAGAACACACACAGGAGAGAAACCCUUCAAGUGCAGUGUGUGUGGGAAGGCAUUUUCACAUGCGCGAUAUAUUGCAAAACACCAUAGAACACACACAAGAGAGAAACCCUUCAAGUGCAGUAUGUGUGGGAAGGCAUUUUCACAGGUAACUGAUCUUGUAAGACACACAGGAGACAAACCCUUUAUGAAACAAGUACCGGAAGAAAAUCCCAGCUUGGGCACUUUUAAAGGUAUCAAGGCGGAAUUUGAAGAGGUGAUUGUGAAAUGUGAAGAGGUGACGGUGAAGAGCGAAGAAGUGAAGGUAAAAUGUGAAGAUGAAAAUUCGACUCCAGAAUGGGACCUUCACAUCGAUGGAGGCAACGUGAAGCAGGAGGGUAAUUCUGACUGUGAGGCAGAGCGAGGCAACUCACAGCAGUUUGUGGAAGUGGAGGUGUGGGUGGACUUCCUAGACAAUACAAAGUCAAAUGGAGACCCGGUAGAUGUACGAAAGCUUCAAUUCUCGAAUAAGUUAUUCAGUUACCCAGCCCCGCUCGCUGGGGGCGUGUCUUGUACCCCGGAAGUGAAUAUUACGUCACAUCCUGCUGCCGCCAAAACGUCGCGAGGUAACGGAAAGCUGCCGUUGAAAUCUGAGGCCGUGGAUUCAUUCAAGACAAGAAUCCAAGUCUCGUGCGAAGCCAGAAUUGGUCUGAUGGAGCACAGGCAGUCAGCGCGGCUCGGUACGGCAUGGCAACAAUGGGACCAGCGUGCAUACAGCACGGAUCGGACUGGAAGUUUGACACGGCACCAGAAAAAACACACGGGAGAGAAACCCUUCAAGUGCAAUCUGUGUGAGAUGGCGUUUGCACAUUCAUCAAAUCUUCAAAGACACCAAAGAACACACACGGGAGAGAAACCCUUCAAGUGCACUCUGUGUGAGAUGGCGUUUGCACAUUCAUCAACUCUUCAAAGACACCAAAGAACACACACGGGAGAGAAACCCUUCAAGUGCAGUGUGUGUGGGAAGGCAUUUUCACAGUCACAACAUCUUGCAAAACACCAGAGAACACACACAGGAGAGAAACCCUUCAAGUGCAGUGUGUGUGGGAAGGCAUUUUCACAGUCAUCUUAUCUUGCCAAACACCAGAGAACACACACAGGAGAGAAACCCUUCAAGUGCAGUGUGUGUGGGAAGGCAUUUUCACAGUCACAACAUCUUGCAAAACACCAGAGAACACACACAGGAGAGAAACCCUUCAAGUGCAGUGUGCGUGGGAAGGCAUUUUCACAGUCAUCUGAUCUUGCAAAACACCAGAGAACACACACAGGAGAGAAACCCUUCAAGUGCAGUGUGUGUGGGAAGGCAUUUUCACAGUCAUCUGAUCUUGCAAUACACCAGAGAACACACACAGGAGAGAAACCCUUGAAGUGCAGUGUGUGUCGGAAGGCAUUUUCACAGUCACAUAAUCUUGCACGACACCAGAGAACACACACAGGAGAGAAACCCUUCAAGUGCAGUGUGUGUGGGAAGGCAUUUUCACAGUGGUAUCUUGCAAAACACCAUAGAACACACACAAGAGAGAAACCCUUCAAGUGCAGUGUGUGUGGGAAGGCAUUUUCAAAGUCACGUGAUCUUGCAACACACCAUAGAACACACACAGAGAAACCCUUCAAGUGCAGUGUGUGUGGGAAGGCAUUUUCACAGUCGCCUAUUCUUGCAAAACACCAGAGAACACACACAGGAGAGAAACCCUUCAGGUGCACUCUGUGCGGGAAGGCGUUUGCACGGUCACAACAUCUUCAAGAACACCAGAGAACACAGAAUCAUCAGAAAAUCCACAAGGAGUGGAGUCUGAAAUCAGCUUGUGAAAGUCAAAGUUCCGUAAGGAGCCCAUCCCUCAUGAAACAAGUACCGGAAGAAAAUCCCAGCUUGGGCACUUUUAAAGGUAUCAAGGUGGAAUUUGAAGAGGUGAUUGUGAAAUGUGAAGAGGUGAUUGUGAAAUGUGAAGAGGUGACGGUGAAGAGCGAAGAAGUGAAGGUAAAAUGUGAAGAUGAAGAUUCGACUCCAAAAUGGGACCUUCACAUCGAUGGAGGCAACGUGAAGCAGGAGGGGAAUUCUGACUGUGAGGCAGAGCGAGGCAACUCACAGCAGUUUGUGGAAGUGGAGGUGUGGGUGGACUUCCUAGACAAUACAAAGUCAAAUGGAGAUCCGUUAGAUGUGUUCCUCAGCAGAAUUGGUCUGAUGGAGCACAGGCAGUCAGCGCGGCUCGGUACGGCAAGGCAACAAUGGGACCAGCGUGCAUACAGCACGGAUCGGACUGGAAGUUUGAAACAGUACCAGAAAAAACACACGGGAGAGAAACCCUUCAAGUGCACUCUGUGUGAGAUGGCGUUUGCAAAUUCAUCAACUCUUCAAAGACACCAGAGAAAACACACGGGAGAGAAGCCCUUCAAGUGCACUUUGUGUGAGAUGGCGUUUGCACAUUUAUCAACUCUUCAAAGACACCAAAGAACACACACGGGAGAGAAACCCUUCAAGUGCACUCUGUGUGAGAUGGCGUUUGCAGAUUCAUCAACUCUUCAAAGACACCAGAGAACACACACGGGAGAGAAACCCUUCAAGUGCAGAGUGUGUGGGAAGGCAUUUUCAGAUUCAUCUAAUCUUGCAACACACCAGAGAACACACACAGGAGAGAAACCCUUCAAGUGCACUCUGUGUGGAAUGGCGUUUGCAGAUCCAUCAAGUUUUCAAAGACACCAGAGAAAACACACGGGAGAGAAGCCCUUCAAGUGCACUAUGUGCGAGAUGGCGUUUGCAUAUUUAGCAACUUUUCAAAGACACCAGAGAAAACACACGGGAGAGAAACCCUUCAAGUGCACUAUGUGCGAGAUGGCGUUUUCAGAUUUAUCAACUCUUCAAAGACACCAGAGAAAACACACGGGAGAGAAACCCUUCAAGUGCAGUGUGUGUGGGAAGGCAUUUUCACAGUCGUCUUAUUUUGCAACACACCAGAGAGCACACACAGGAGAGAAACCCUUCAAGUGCAGUGUGUGUGGGAAGGCAUUUUCACAGUCAUCUUAUUUUGCAACACAUCAUAGAACACACACAGGAGAGAAACCCUUCAAGUGCAGUGUGUGUGGGAAGGCAUUUUCACAGUUAUCUGAUCUUGUAAGACACCAGAGAACACACACAGGAGAGAAACCCUUCAAGUGCAGUGCGUGUGGGAAGGCAUUUUCACAGUCAUCUGAUCUUGCAAAACACCAGAGAACACACACAGGAGAGAAACACUUCAAGUGCAGUGUGUGUGGGAAAGCAUUUUCACAGUCAUCUGAUCUUGCAAAACACCAGAGAACACACACAGGAGAGAAACCCUUCAAGUGCAGUGUGUGUGGGAAGGCAUUUUUAUGGUCACAGCAUCUUGCAAGACACCAGGGAACACACACAGGAGAGAAACCCUUCAAGUGCAGUGUGUGUGGGAAGGCAUUUUCACAGUCAUCUAAUCUUGCAACACACCAGAGAACACAGAAGCAUCAGAAGAGCCACAAGGAGUGGAGUCUGAAAUCAGCUUGUGAAAGUCAAAGUGCCGUAAAGAGCCCAUCCCUCAUGAAACAAGUACCGGGAGAAAAUCCCAGCUUGUGCACUUUUAAAGGUAUCAAGGUGGAAUUUGAAGAGGUGAUUGUGAAAUGUGAAGAGGUGACGGUGAAGAGCGAAGAAGUGAAGGUAAAAUGUGAAGAUGAAGAUUCGACUCCAAAAUGGGACCUUCACAUCGAUGGAGGCAACGUGAAGCAGGAGGGGAAUUCUGACUGUGAGGCAGAGAUGUGUAAGCUUGAGAUGAUGUCGCUCCCAAUAGAUGCACCUUUGUCACAGGCCUUUAAUGAAAAUAAUGUGAAGAGAAUUGGUCUGAUGGAGCACAGGCAGUCAGCGCGGCUCGGUACGGCAUGGCAACAAUGGGACCAGCGUGCAUACAGCACGGAUCGGACUGGAAGUUUGACACGGCACCAGAAAAAACACACGGGAGAGAAACCCUUCAAGUGCAAUCUGUGUGAGAUGGCGUUUGCACAUUCAUCAAAUCUUCAAAGACACCAAAGAACACACACGGGAGAGAAACCCUUCAAGUGCACUCUGUGUGAGAUGGCGUUUGCAGAUUCAUCAACUCUUCAAAGACACCAAAGAACACACACGGGAGAGAAACCCUUCAAGUGCAGUGUGUGUGGGAUGGCAUUUUCACAGUCACAACAUCUUGCAAAACACCAGAGAACACACACAGGAGAGAAACCCUUCAAGUGCAGUGUGUGUGGGAAGGCAUUUUCACAGUCAUCUUAUCUUGCCAAACACCAGAGAACACACACAGGAGAGAAACCCUUCAAGUGCAGUGUGUGUGGGAAGGCAUUUUCACAGUCACAACAUCUUGCAAAACACCAGAGAACACACACAGGAGAGAAACCCUUCAAGUGCAGUGUGCGUGGGAAGGCAUUUUCACAGUCAUCUGAUCUUGCAAAACACCAGAGAACACACACAGGAGAGAAACCCUUCAAGUGCAGUGUGUGUGGGAAGGCAUUUUCACAGUCAUCUGAUCUUGCAAUACACCAGAGAACACACACAGGAGAGAAACCCUUGAAGUGCAGUGUGUGUCGGAAGGCAUUUUCACAGUCACAUAAUCUUGCACGACACCAGAGAACACACACAGGAGAGAAACCCUUCAAGUGCAGUGUGUGUGGGAAGGCAUUUUCACAGUGGUAUCUUGCAAAACACCAUAGAACAUACACAAGAGAGAAACCCUUCAAGUGCAGUGUGUGUGGGAAGGCAUUUUCAAAGUCACGUGAUCUUGCAACACACCAUAGAACACACACAGAGAAACCCUUCAAGUGCAGUGUGUGUGGGAAGGCAUUUUCACAGUCGCCUAUUCUUGCAAAACACCAGAGAACACACACAGGAGAGAAACCCUUCAGGUGCACUCUGUGCGGGAAGGCGUUUGCACGGUCACAACAUCUUCAAGAACACCAGAGAACACAGAAUCAUCAGAAAAUCCACAAGGAGUGGAGUCUGAAAUCAGCUUGUGAAAGUCAAAGUUCCGUAAGGAGCCCAUCCCUCAUGAAACAAGUACCGGAAGAAAAUCCCAGCUUGGGCACUUUUAAAGGUAUCAAGGUGGAAUUUGAAGAGGUGAUUGUGAAAUGUGAAGAGGUGAUUGUGAAAUGUGAAGAGGUGACGGUGAAGAGCGAAGAAGUGAAGGUAAAAUGUGAAGAUGAAGAUUCGACUCCAAAAUGGGACCUUCACAUCGAUGGAGGCAACGUGAAGCAGGAGGGGCAUUCUGACUGUGAGGCAGAGCGAGGCAACUCACAGCAGUUUGUGGAAGUGGAGGUGUGGGUGGACUUCCUAGACAAUACAAAGUCAAAUGGAGAUCCGUUAGAUGUGUAAGCUUGAGACGAUGUCACUCCCGAUACAUGCACCUUUGUCACAGGCCUUUAAUAAAAAUAACGUGAAGUAGAACAUUGAAAUCUUAGGUUCAACCUGCAGUGUAAGAGCGGCCAGUCAUGGUGGAUCUGUUGGUUGGGUAGAUAUCUCACCAGGAGCCUCAGUGAUUCACACUGAACCCUAUUGCAGCCUUCAUCUGGCUCUGUGAGCCUCAGUGAUUCACACUGAAGCCUGUGGGAACCUCAGUCUGGAUCUGUGAGCCUCAGUGAUUCACACUGAAGCCUAUGGGAGCCUUAGUCUGGCUCUGUGAGCCUCAGUGAUUCACACUGAAGCCUAUUGGAGCCUUCGUCUGACUCUGUGAGCCUCGGUGAUUAACACUGAAGCCUAUGGGAGCCUGAGUCUGGCUUUGUGAGCCUCAGUAAUUAACACUGAACGCGAUGGAUGGGAGCCAGUGACAUGGGGUGAGGUUAGUGGCUGUGGAGGCACCGGGGGCGUGGCCUCACCGAGGGGGGGUGUGUCUGACACGCCCCCCCUCAGGCAGAUGUGAUAGCUGCCUACCCUGGUGCUUUUUCAUUGCAGUUUCAUGACGAGACCAGCGAGCCUACGUAUCUUUAUACACAUACAGUAGAACCUCUGGUCAUGAACGCUUCUGACCACGACCAAAUUGGGUUCCAUCCAAAACAUUGACAUUUUUGAAUCUGGUCACGAACACAUACUCGGGUGGCGAUCAAACAGGGUCGCGGCCGAUUUCCCUCUGCCGCGCCAUUUUUGUUGAAUUACACAAAGCGUAACAGUUAUGUAUAUAACUUUUGCUAUAUAAAAUUGCUAGUAAGAUAUAAAUUGUGUGAGUGUAGUCAUACCCCUCCCCCCUCAUUCAAGCCAUAAUUUAGAGAGCGAAAGCGCCAAGUACGUAAAUCGCUAACAUAAGAACCUGUUAAUCUCUUCUCGCAUCAUUCAUACGAUGAUGCGGUGAAGUUAACGUUCAUACUAUAAUACGGUGAAUGCUUCCAAAAACAUUACUGUACCCAAAUAUUACCGUUAACUUUCAAUAGAAACAUGAAUUGCUCAUACGAAUAUUCUCUUUCUCAGAAUCGACUGACUGAUGUAGCAGACGAAACAGUCAUCUUGAACAAUUCUAAACCUUGACGCGGAAAUGUUAGUUUUCUCUGUUCAAGGAUUUCUCAGUGUUAUGCAAUGUUUUUACAUUUAGUUUUCUAUUACACUAAAUUCUAAAGCAUAAUUAACCAUUGUGCUUAAAAAUAUUUAAAAAACUAUAUACAGUUCGUAGGAUUAAUCGUAUUUACAUACAAUCCAAUGGGGAAAUUAGGUUCGAAUCACGACUAAAUCGGGUUGCGACCAAAGUUAUGGAACGAAUUAUGGUCGUGACAAGAGGUUCUACUGUACUUGAACUAAGUUACCCGGACUAUGGAAGGCGAGGACAUAUAAUGAAGGGGUCUACAAACAUUCCAUUGGUGACAUGCUGAGAUGGCAACAGGCAAGCCCUUAGUGCCCGCGUUCCAUCCAGUGUCUGAGGGGUUGCGCAAUCAGAGGGGAGGCUGAGCGCGUCGCUGCCUCACCCCUCGUCUCGCCCUGUACUUGCAGCGAAGCACCGCAAAUUUGGAGAUUUUGACUAUAAGUAUGUAAAAAACUUUUUUUAAAAACACGCUUUUAUUAAAUGUACGAGUAAUGGAAGAACUCCACGACUCUAGGAAGUGGCCCCGAAGUUUGCCAUAACGUAAGGGACGGUAGACAAUUACAUCCAACGUCAGUUGACCGUGGGAACAAUUAGACCCAAGCCAAAACAUAACAUGUAAAAAAGAUUGUUUAAACAUUUUUUAUUUAAUGAUAGAAUAUAGUAUUGUCAUCAGUUUGGCAUAAGUACAGUGAGGGAAAAAAGUAUUUGAUCCCCUGCUGAUUUUGUGCGUUUGCCCAUCGUGGACAAUUAGACCCAAGCCGAAACAUAACAUAUGAAAAAGAAUGUUUACAAAUAUAUACACAUUUAUUAAAAAGUAUUUAAUUAAGUAGAACCAACGUGACUUUCCCGAAAAAAACAAAGUAUGAAUCCUUGCAGUCACGAAAGCUUAAAAUCUAGAAUUAAGCAGAACGUUUUGUCUAUACUCUAUAUGUAUUUAAAGUUGUGCAUUUUGAUGUGAUGUGACAUUUCUCAAACCCCCGCCCCCCUGGUCUCCUUUCUAAUAAAUCUUUUCUCCUACAA